AUGUCGACGCCUUGGAUGACAACAGGCGGUGUCUGGCAGCUGUCGGAAUCUUUCCAAGUAUUACCUUUCAUCUUGGACCAGAUUGAUAAUAAGCAGAAGAAACAAUACCUGUUGCUUCAUUCUCUUAAGGAGGUUAUAGUAAGGCAAUCUGUAGAUAAAGCAGAGUUUCAGGAUUCAAGUGUUGAGAAAAUUCUCAAAUUACUUUUUAACCACUGUGAAAGUGAGGAAGAGGGGGUCAGAAAUGUGGUGGCUGAAUGCCUUGGUAAAAUUGCACUCAUUGAACCAGUAAAACUCAUUCCAGCACUUAAGUUGAGAACCACCAGUUCAGCGGCUUUAACUAGGGCAACAGUUGUCAUUGCCAUAAAAUAUUCUAUUGUUGAGUGGUCGGAGAAGAUAGAUGUGAUUAUUUAUCCUGAGAUUGCUUCAUUCCUUAUGCUUAUCAAGGAUCAAGAUCGGGUGAGUACCCUUCUUCUGAUCACAUACCCCAACAAAAAGAAAAAAGAAAAACUUUUAUGUGGUUUCUUAUAUAUCUAA